AUGUUUUUAAAUCCUUUCAAAAAACGUCACGAAGAAACUACUUUAAACAUAGAGACGAUAACAAACUACACACACUUUCUCGAACUGCCGCUGAAGUUCGUGGCGUGCUGGGAUUGGUACCGGGAACCGAAGUGCGAGCGAGAGGUAAUGAUGAACUACCUGUACCUGGCGGUAGUGCUGUUCGCGCUGACCAGCCUGCCCGCCACGCUGCUCACGCACCUGCUCACCGAAUGGGAGGACGUGAUGUCCAGCUUGGACAAGCUAGCGGAUGGGCUGCCGCUGCUGGCCUCGCUGGCCAUCGUCACGUACUUCGCGAUGCGCAAGCGCCAGCUGUACAACCUCACUGACUUCAUUAACGGCCGCUUCCGCUGCCACUCGGCGCGGGGCCUCACCAACAUGACCAUGCUGAACAGCUACCGCGCCGCCCGGAACUUCGCCUACUUCUACACCGCGUGCACGCUCUUCAGCGUCGCCAUGUACGUCAUCUCACCUGUGAUUGCGCAUCUUUGGACGAAGCAGCCGCUGCAGGGCUGGAUCUACUUGGACGCGACGACAACGGCGGCCAUUGUAUGCGCCUUCCUAAAGCAGUGCGUGGGCCAGGCUAUCGUGGGGCUCGCCGUGGGCCAGCUGGGCGUGCUGUUCGCGACGCACGCGAUCCUGUUGUGCGGGCAGGUCGAGAUGGCGUGCUGCGGGCUGCGCAACGCGCGCUGCUCCGCGCUGUUGGCGGCCGGCGUGCGCCACACCGCUCUAGCCGCCAGCCACCAUCACACGCAUUUGCUCGACGACGAGCGACACACAUACUCCUACAACGUCUCCGAGAUGAAAGAGUCGCGCUACCAUUACGACCGGCCAGUGGCAAAUUUUAGAGGACAUAAAACAGAAUUCGACAUCUACUCAGCGGAGUACGAUGCGGGAACUUGCCGCGCGCUGGCGGAGUGCGCGCGUACGCUGCAGACGGCGGGCGAGUGCCGCGCGCAAUUCCAGGCGCUCGCCUCGCCGCUGCUCGCGCUGCGCGUCGUGCAGGUCACCCUCUACCUCUGCACGCUGCUCUACGCCGCCACAGAGAAAUUCGACAUGGUGACAGUGGAGUACCUGGCGGCCGUGGCGCUCGACAUCUUUGUCUAUUGCUACUUUGGCAAUCAAAUCAUCAUACAGGCGGAGCGCGUGCGCGGCGCGGUGUACGGCAGCGGGUGGCAGGCGAUGGGGGCGCGGCCGCGGCGGCUGGUGCUGGGCCUGCUGCUGGCCAGCGGCCGCGGCGCCGCUCUGCGCGCCGGCAACUUCUUACCCAUGGACCUCCACACCUUCCUAGUGAUUAUAAAAACUUCAUUCUCCUACUACACAUUAUUGGUGAAUGUUAACGAAAAAUGAGGAGACACCAAAAGGCUAUUUGUUUAAAUUAGGUUUUUGUAUUUAU